GUCUCAUUCUUGUCUUGCACAAUCGUUGGAUCUGUUGUGUAUUUAAGACAGGAGCACAACACAGUCAACAUCAGUUUCUUGAAUCAGAAACAACAAGAUGACCUGCUACAAGUUCUGCAUUCUCAUCUCUUUGGUGGUCGUUGGCUACUCCAACCCAAUCCUGCCAUCUAUUAAUAAAGAAGAUGAGACCAUGGCUGAGGUGACAGGACCGCUGAAUGAAGAGAAAUUCUGUGACUUUCCUGAUGUUGCAGAGUACAGAGUUAUAGGCCGCAAAUGGAACAAACUUGACCUGACCUACAGAAUUGUGAACUACACAUCUAAAUGGAGCAAUGCCAAUGUGGAUUCUGGAAUUGCAAGAGCCCUGCAAUGGUGGUCUGAUGUUACUCCCCUCAAAUUCACUCGUAUCUUUAGUGGAACCGCUGAUAUUAUGGUUGGCUUUGUAUAUAGAGACCAAGGUGACUGUAAACCCUUUGAAGAAGGUACUUCAACACUAGCUCGUGGGUCCUGGCCAGCUCUUUAUCCUUACAGUUAUCUCAAUUUUAACGAGGAAAAAGUAUCUUCCUACAGUGAGGAUUGGCCGAAGUUUGUAACUGUGACUGCCCAUGAGUUUGGCCACAUAUUAGGUCUUCAUCAUACCCCGGAUAGAAAUGCGGUGAUGUUUGGUACUAUCGGAGGAAGUAAGGCUUGCCUCAACUCUGAUGACAUCAACGGUAUCCAGUCACUUUAUGGUGCUAAUCCGGAUAAAUCACUUCUUCCAAAAUGUUGAGAAGUUGAUCCGUGUCCUGAACAACAACAAUUUUCUGCGCUGUUAGUCUGUUGAGUUUUUCACAGCACAGCAAUGCUCUGUCCGCCUGAAGGAAAUCCAGAACCUACCAGUAUUUCAAGUCUAUCAUUGAGUUAUUUGUGGGUAAUUUGCCUUUAAAAGUUGUUUAUAAAACAACAAAACUGGUACACUAGUCAAAAUUUUAAGUGGAUCAAAACCUUUCAAAAAUGCUGCCUUAAAACCAAUACCCAGUACACUUUCUUGUCUUAGGAGAACUUUGAUAAACAUUUUUGAUCCACUUCAAAUGUUGACUAGUAUAUUUGAAAGCUUAUGCAAUUAUUAAAUAAACU